AAGCAGUUCAAAUGGCUGGUGAUCAAUUACUGGUUCGGCGAGCUUCAAGUGGUGAUCAGAUAAGAAACUUUGCUACUGUUUCCAGUAGUCUCUUGCCAACUUUAGGAAUAACCAUUGAUGAUUCUUAUCCUCGUCUUAAGAAAUACAUCAUCGCACCAUAUGAUCGUAGAUACAGGUGGUGGCAAGUGUUUUUAGUUGUGCUUGUGAUAUACUCUGCAUGGGCAUCUCCAUUUGAGUUAGCCUUUGAAAAAGUUGAGUUUGGACCUCUACUAGUUAUUGAUCUGAUAAUCGAUGCAUUCUUCGUCAUCGACAUCAUCGUCACGUUCUUCGUAGCUUACCUUGAUAGCUCUAGUUACCUUCUUGUUGAUGAUCAUAAGAAGAUUGCUACAAGGUAUCUGACAAGGCCAUGGUUUGUAAUGGACGUAGCAUCAACUGUUCCUUUCCAGAUCAUAUAUAGAAUUGUAACAGGGAAAUCAAAUGGAGGUUCUAUCUUUGGAUUCAUUAACCUUCUCAGAUUAUGGCGUCUCAGACGUGUUAGCGAUCUUUUUUCCAGGCUAGAGAAAGACAUUAGAUUCAGUUACUUUUGGACAAGAUAUUUGAAGCUUAUCUGUGUGACACUAUUUGCAGUGCAUUCAGCUGGAUGUAUGUAUUACUGGAUAGCAGUGCACUACAAGAUCAAGAAGCAGACAUGGAUAGGAAGUCAGGUAGCAGACUUUGAAGAUAGAAGCAUUUGGCUGGGAUACACUUAUGCGAUGUAUUGGUCGAUAACGACAUUGACCACAGUCGGUUACGGGGAUCUACAUGCAGAGAACAACUAUGAGAAAUUGUUCAAUAUCUUCUUCAUGCUGUUUAACAUUGGUCUGACUUCUUACCUCAUUGGCAACAUGACUAACCUCAUUGUUCAUGGGGCUACAAGGACAUUCAUCAUGAGGGAUACCAUUCAUGAGGCUUCGAGGUAUUCAAGCAAAAACCGUCUUCCAGAAGGCAUAAAAGAACAGAUGAUGGCUCAUUUUCAGCUCAAGUUCAAGACAGUGGAGUUGCAGCAGGAUCAAGUGCUUGCAGACUUGCCAAAAGCUAUAAGAUCAAGCAUUGCACAACAUCUCUUUCAGAGGACUGUUGAAUUAGCCUAUCUUUUCAGAGAAGUCUCUCAUGAUUUCAUUAUUCAGCUGGUAUCUGAAAUGAAAGCUGAGUAUUUUCCACCAAAAGUGGAAAUCAUCUUACAGAAUGAAAUUCCAACAGAUUUUUAUAUCAUUGUAUCCGGAGAAGUGGAUGUGAUCACGUACAAAAAUGGAACAGAAAAGUUUCUGUCAAAAUUAGGAGCUGCAGACAUGGCUGGAGAAAUUGGGGUGAUUUUCAACAUCCCACAGCCUUUCACAGUACGUACAAAGAGGCUUUCUCAGGUUGUGAGAAUCAGUCAUCGGCAUUUCACUCAAAUUGUUCAACCUAGCAUUACAGAUGGCCAAACUAUUGUCUCCAAUUUUGUUCAGUUUCUCAAAGGUCUGAAAGAAGAAAUUCUUGAAGAAAUACCAUUUGUUGCAGAAUUGCUGGAAGACAUGAAUAACAUGAAUCAUAAAGAACCUGGAGAAGCAGAAGAACAUGAGGCAAUAAAUCCAAACAUGAAUGGUGAUGCCCAAACAGAAGGUUUGGCAAGAACUAUUUCUCCUGCUUCAUUUUCAAAUAAUCUUCUCAAGAGAGUGAUCAUUCAUGGUCCAGGACAAAUUUCAGGAAAACUAGUACAUUUACCUGAUUCAUUUGGAGAUCUUCUUAAUUUGGCUGAGAAAAGUUUUGGGAAACCAGCAACCAAAAUCUUGAUGGCUGAUGGUGCAGAGGUUGAAGACCUGGAAACUUUGAGAGAUGAUGAUCACUUGUAUUUUCAUUAACAAUGUUGAAGAAAAUACACAGCAACCUGUAUAAUAAAACCAAGAAACUUAAAAGUAUAUCUAGAAUUCAAGGAUAUGUACCGGCAUACAUGGGCAGAAUAAGAAUUAUUUGUUUUAA